CACAAAAACAGAUAAGAUCCAGCAAUGCGUUUCAAUAUUUGUCUGAUCAUAGUGAUUAUCAUGUUAGGAACUGCGAGAAGCUGCACCAAUACUGGAGGAACUUCGGCGGAUAUCUGUCGUGAAAAAUGUGGCACACUGAAUACACACAUAGGGCAUGGAAUGUUUGGAAUAGCAUAUACUGUGGAGGAUACCCCAGAACAGCAACGUACGUGCAUAUCCCAAUGUACGAAUGAAAGACGGAUGACGCGUAGGCGAAGCCGCUGGGCACACCGUAGACAGAGCCGCUGGCCGCUGCGUACAGAAUGAUUAUUCAUGUGCCGUAACACUUGCUGUAAUCGAUCUUCGUUUAGUGCAUAUAUUCUAAUCUUUCCAUGUUUUUGAUGUGUUGUUUUUCCAC